CGCGAACGUGCGCGCGGUCGACGGCGGUGAAGGCGCGAGCGCGUAAAUACGCGGACGCGGCGCGCGGACGCGGAGACGCGAAUCGCGGAGAAGCGACGCGCGCGGACGCGAAUCGUGAAGGACAAUCACCCCCGCGUCGCGAACGAGACGGAUUCGAUUGACGCGGACUGUCGCCGACGCGACGACGGGCGACGCGCGGGAGACGCGGGAAACGAAGGGCGGAAAUAGUGCGAAUUUUGGACGCGGGUGAGGGCGAAAAGACGCGGGACGACGAUGUCGAACGGGUUCGGCUUCGGCUUCGCCCCGAGCGGGGCGGCGACGGCGACGCCCGCGGCGCGCGAGGAACGCGGACGAGGGGCGAAUGAUCUGAGCGCGAUGUUUGAAUUGGCGGCGGGAAUGCCGUUUCCGAGUAAGGAACACGUUGGGGAAUCGCUCAAGGCGCUGGGGGAGGUGUGGCCGAUGGUGUUCGCGAGCCUCGUGGCGGCGUUUUACGUGCUGUGGCACCCUCGAUUCGGGGCGCUCGCGCGAGGGUUUCGGAUGCAGAUGCUGACGAGUUCGUGGCCGGGGGCGCGGUGGACGUGGAUGGCGGUGAGUUCGGUGGUGACGACGCGAUCGAUAGUGAUUUGGUUGGCGCACCGGAACGUGGUGGUGAGGAGAAUCGUGGAAGUCACCGGUCUCGCCGUGGCCCUGGACGCGAGGAGAGGUCGAAGACAAUCGAGGAAUAAGGAGCACUCGUCUAAGCGGUGUCACCAAGAUAAGUACUCCGAUGUCGGACACGAGCCGACGACUUUCGCGAGCGGAGUUACGGACGUGGUGCAAAGGAUCGAUUACGAGCGAUUCAAAGCGCGCAUAGGGUGCCUUCCGGCGGGCGUGCCUCGCGAAGACACGGGCGAGUGGCAGCUGAUGAUGGAUCGUACUGAGGAAACGAAUAAUUGUCACUACAAGGCUUGGAGACACAUUCUGCCGUACGGUGGCACGGAAUAUCUCUCGGUAAGCUUGUUCGAGAACGCCACGGCGGAGGAGAUUUGUGACUUUUACAACUCUGACGUGACUCGUGAAAAAUGGGACGGGUUGCUUCUGAAGCAACAUUGCAUCGACAAGGAUCCGCGAACGGGCGCGGAGGUCUUAUUCUGGGAGCGUCAGCUUCCAGUCAUUAGCAAUCGCGAUUACGUCUUUAGUCGACGUACGUGGAAGGAUGGCGAGUGUUACUUCACCAUCACAAAGGGCUUGCAUCACCCGAGUCAACCAGAGAAUCCGAAAGUGAUUCGGGUCGAUCCGUACUUUAGCGCUUGGCGCAUGCGCACGAUUCCGGGGAAAGUCCCCGGCACGUUCGCGGCUGAGUGCGUGUUGCUGCACUUUGAGGAACAAAAAGUGCAGCAAGACGUGGCGCGCAUGGCGGUGAGACAUGGAAUGUGGGGCGUGGUGAAAAACCUGUGCUCGGGAUUCCGUGACUUCCAAGACACGCGUAAUCAAGAAGAAGCGACGCAAGACGCUGGUGGCGUGAGUCUUAGACGCCCAGACGACUUGAGUAAGGAAAUGAGAGGUUUCCGCACACGCAUGAAGAAGACGAUUGGUUUCGCGCUACCCGUCCUCUUGGGCGUUUUGAUCGCCCAGCAAGGCACUGGCAACCUCUUCGACGUCUUCACACAUGCAAAACGUGGCUUAGUGGUGGUUCAAUCCGCCCAUCGGCGACGACGCACGCUCAAGGCUCUUCAAACAGCCGGCGUGGUCGCCGCCGCCGCAGUGGCCGAACGCGUCGGCGAACGAGCGGCGGAAGACUCGGCCGGGGAAGACUUCUCGGUUGAGCAAGUUUAGACAAUCUUAUGACGUCGUAGCACAUUCACGCACGCUAUUUCACGCACAUAUCGCGAUGUCAUGUACCAAUAGCGCUUCCGUAUUGAAUACAAGAAUUACACUCUCGUUGCA